AUGCUCCCCAUAUUUAUUUGGCUUCUGUUUCUUUCUCUUUCACUCUCUCUCUCUCUCUCUCUCUCUCUCUAUCGCGUUCUCUCCUAUUCCUCAUCCUCUGCCCUGUUUUAUCUGUCUUUGAAUCUCUCCCUCUUGUUUGAAGCAUCUUUUGCUCUCAUAGAUAGAUAUCUGUUCUGCUUAAAUAUAUUCCUAUCUAUCUAUCUAUCUAUCUAUCUAUCUAUCUAUCUAUCUAUUUUAUUUCUAUCUAUCUAUCUAUCUAUCUAUCUAUCUCAUUUUAGUUUCUAUCUAUCUAUCUAUCUAUCUAUCUAUCUAUCUAUCUAUCUAUCUGUUCUAAUUAAAUAUAUUCCUAUCUAUCUACUUCAAUAUCUAUCUAUCUAUAUAUCUAUCUAUCUAUCUAUCUAUCUAUCUAUCUAUCUAUCUAUCUAUCUAUCUGUCUGUCAUUUUUGCUCUGUCUCUUUCGUCGCUGCAGUCUCUAUUUCUCUAACUCCUUUUCAAUUUUUCUCUUUGUUUCAUUCUCUUUCUGUUUCUCUCUUUCCCUUUCUCAAAAUGUUUCAUCUCUGUCUCUCCAUUUUUUAUGUAUCUUUUUUGUCUUAUUAUCUGUCUUUUUUUUAUCUCGUUCUCAAAUCAAUUCUCUCUCUUGCAUUAACUCCGGGGCUCUUUCCUUUCUUCCGUCCAUCCUUCCUUCUUUCUUUCUAUUUCUUUCUUUCUUUCUUUCUUUCUUUCUUUCUUUCUUUCUUUCUUUCUUUUUAUACCUCUUUGUUUCUAGAAAAUUCUCUUUAUGUUUUUUCCUCUUUCUCCCCUCUCUCACUCUUUCAUUCUUUGUCUCUUUUUCUCUUCUCCUGUUUCUUUUUACUGCCUUCUCUACUUUUCUUUCUAUCUCUCUUUCUUUGUCUCUGA